AUGUCAGCAGCAGAUGGUACCAACCUCAGCAGCACCUCAGUGUUCCUCCUAACAGGCAUACCGGGACUGGAGCAUGUACACCACUGGUUUGCUGCUCCUUUAUCUUUCAUGUACGCUCUUGCAAUUUUGGGAAACGGCACCAUCCUGUUUGUUAUAAAAGCGGAGCGAUGGCUCCACCAGCCCAUGUAUUAUUUCCUUUCUAUGCUGGCCUCCACGGACCUGGGUCUGACUCUAUCCACGCUGCCGACGGUGCUGCGUGUGCUUUGGUUCAACUCCCGAGAAAUCAGCUUCAGCGCCUGCCUCCUCCAGAUGAUCUGCAUCCACUCAUUUUCCUUCAUGGAGUCCUCGGUGCUUCUGGCCAUGGCGUUUGACCGCUACGUGGCCAUUUGCAACCCUCUGAGAUACACCUCCAUCCUGACCAGCCCCAGGAUUGCUAAAAUAGGACUGAUGAUUGUCUGUAGAUGUACGUUGGUGCUGGUCCCAUUAAUCUGUUUUCUUACACUUCUGCCAUUCUGCAGGUCUCGUGUGCUCUCCUAUUCCUACUGCUUGCAUCAGGAUGUAAUACGACUGGCAUGCUCAGAUACCACCUUCAAUAGUAUCUAUGGCUUAACUCUAAUCCUGCUCAUAGUGGUACUAGACCCAUUGCUGAUUAUCCUGUCUUAUGUUAUGAUCAUUCAGAUGGUCUUAAGCAUCACGUCCAAGGAAGAGCGCAUCAAGGUCCUGAACACCUGCGUCUCCCAUAUCUGCGCCGUCCUGAUCUUCUACAUCCCCAUGGUUGGCUUGUCGAUCAUUCGCAGGUUUGGGGAAAAUGCCGCCCCCAUCAUUCACGUUCUCAUGGCCAACAUCUACCUUUUUGUGCCCCCGGUGCUCAACCCUGUCAUCUACAGCAUGAAAACCAAACAGAUUAAGGAUGGGAUCCAAAGGAUCUUGUGUCAAAAAAAGGCCUGA